AUGGGCUUCAACCCGUUUCGGUCCGUGAAGAACUUCUUCCACGACCUCAAAAACGCCCCUGAGGCCCAGUACAUUACUUCGGCGGCGGCACCAACUCAAUAUCCCAGCCAAGAGUCAUUCAACCUCCCCGAAAAAGUGCACUACCUCGAGACCAGCGCACGUCUGAGCCGGCACUUCACACAUGAGUCACUUGAGCAACUAGGCCAGGCGGGGACCGCGCCCCUGCCUCCACGUCCGGAUAAGAAGAAGGGCAGUGUCCUUGAUGCAGUAGUGAGAGCGGCAGGGUCGAGGUGGACACUGGGUGUGGUGCUUCUUCUGCUUGUCGUUUGGGGAGUCUUGGGCGCCGUCUUUGGUCCCACGGAUACCUGGCAGGUCAUUCUUCAGGAUGUCUCCUCCAUCCAGGCUUACACAUCUGCUACACUUCUCAUGCGGCAGCAGAACAACAACACCCGAGGCCUCCUUCAAAGAAUCUGCGGCCUCAUCUCCCGCAGCGAGUCCAACGAACGCAUGGUCCGUUCCCUCACGGCUGAGCAGCGCGCCAGGCUGAGGGCCUCAACCCAGAAGAUCAGGUCUGAGGUCAUUGACUCCCUGCAUCACAAGCAGGAUAUGUUCGACAAGAUCUCUAACGGCGUAGCCAAGGCUACUGGAUCUCUAAUUGCCCUACUCAUCUAUUGGGCAGGCAUCAUUGGCUGGGUGUUCUCAGGAAUUCCGCUGCAAUUCUCCGAUACUUGGCAACUCGACGUCAACACCGCCACGGCGUUAGAAAUCACUUUCACCACGGUCUUCUUGCAGAACAUCCGUAGCUCUCAUGACAAGCACCUCGACGCGACAGUGCAGGGGAUUGAGCGCCUCGACACGGAAAUUGAGAUGCAGCUUCGUCGCAUGACCGGUGACAUGACCCCCAAUCCUACCAUCGCCAGCGAACCUUUCAAGUUGAACAGAUGGGUCAAGGGUCUUGACAUCUACGCAUACAUCAUUGGAGGCUCAGUUGGUCUCGUGAUCUCCGCCUUUGUCUUUGGAACGUGGAUCCUGGUCGGAGACCCAAUGGAAUUCGAUGACAACUGGUUCCUGAUCAUCGGCACAUACACCGGUCUGAUUGGCUUCAUCGAUGGAUUCAUCCUCAAGAAUGUGGAUGCGCGUGAGGCCAAGUUGGCUCUGAAACACUUCGACAGAUUGGUCGCCCAGGACCGCAAGAUCUUUGGGCUUAUUGGUAUUGAGGUGCCGCAGAGCCAGCACGUGGUGAAGGACUCACUUAACAUCCGCAUCAGCAAGACAGUGGGAAGAUGGGUAGAAAGCACCACUGCCAGCUGGGGAUCUAUCAUGACAGUCUUCGCCCUUCUCAUCGUCGCGUCAGCAAUGCAGUGGACGGAGACAGGCCAGCUGCUCUGCAACACCCCGACUAUGAUUGUCGAGGGAUUCCUGCUUCUGACGCUAAUCCAAGCUGAGAAUAUUGCGGAUGAUAAGAAGCGGGUAACCUAUGAGGAUAUCCUGAACCGGCGGCUUAUUCUAGACAAGCACCUGGCAGGCUGGGGUGGAAAUGACGAUGACUCGGAUGAUGGUAUGAGUUACAAUGAAAAGGAUGGAGUUGUGGUGCAGACCUUCACUAUCAACGGCCAGGAUGUUGAGAUGGGUGGUUCUUUCUAG